UGCGCCCACACCUUUGGGGUCCAAUUCCAAAUCCCAUGUCUUCGAAUAUCGAUUACUCCAACCGACGCCCUAAUCUUCUCCGUUGUGCCCAACGACACGUACAUUACAUAAUUCAGUUUACAAGUGCUUCCGCACUUUCCAUAUUCAUGGGUGAGAAACAGAGAGGGAGAUAAACAUGUUGGAACUCUGGGACUCGACCAGUGGUUACUUUCAUAGUAUGUGGUUUCAAGGUUCAUUGGAGGAUCUUUGGAGGGAAAACAGGCGCGGUGGUUGGGCCACUCUUUUUGCUUUGAUUGUGAUAUUGGUUUGGCACUGGUGCAAGAGGUUCUCCUUUAGAUCCUCAGGUUCCAAUCCCACCGCCACUAUUUCUGGUGCUAGGAGUCAUCCCCAAUUCAGAAUCUUGGAGAUUGUCUCAGAUGCCGAUUUAAAGUUUUUAAUAAAAAAUUUGGAUCAGAAGCUAAAUGAGAAUGAGAAGUGGGAACAUGUCAUAGACAAAAGAAAUAAUUUUCUAUCCUACAAUGCUAAAUGCUGCAAGCCUAAGAAUGGUCCUCUAAAAUAUGAGAGUGUGACAGUAUUUGAGAACUGUUCUCCUGAGAUGUUAAGAGACUUCUACAUGGACAAUGAUUAUCGAAAACAAUGGGACAAGACCCUGGUUGAGCAUGAGCAGCUGCAGGUGGAUAAAACCAAUGGAGUUGAAAUUGGUCGGACAAUAAAAAAGUUUCCACUCUUGACACCCAGAGAAUAUGUAUUAGCUUGGAGAUUAUGGGAGGGGGAAGAUAAAGCGUUCUACUGUUUUACUAAGGAAUGUGAACAUCCUUCUGUACCACGACAAAAGAAGUACGUACGUGUUGAAUUUUUCAGAUCAGGUUGGCGAAUCAGGAAAGUACCUGGUCAAAAUGCAUGUGAGAUCAAAAUGUUUUACCAAGAAGAUGCUGGUUUGAAUGUUGAGAUGGCAAAGCUGGCUUUUGCUAAGGGGAUAUGGAGCUAUGUGUGUAAGAUGGAUACUGCACUACGCAAAUACUUUGUGAUCGGCCAUCCUCAAUCAAGUUCAGCUGUCACUGCAGUCACUCUAAUUCAGAAGAUUCCCCCUGGAUUAGAUACCAUGGAAGGCAUUAAGUCUUCAACAACCAGUGCAGCGACUAGUAAAGCUAAAGAGAGGAAAUUCUCAAGAAGACCAUCGACGAAAUUGCUAGCGAAUGGUCUGCUUCUAGUUGGGGGUGCAUUUUGCCUAUCUCGUGGCCACUCUAGCCUGGGUGCUAAAGUUGCCAUGGCGUACAUCUUGGCAAAGCUGAGUAAGCGUAGUGCUGCGUCAGACCAAAGCAGGGAAAGUUGAGUAUCGACACCGUUUUGGUUGGAUUCCAGCUUUGGGGAAGCAAGAAAUGGAGGUUUAAUUCAUUUUCUUCCUUUUCGGAUUUCCAGAUUAGAAUUACAUUCUUCCUGUCAAGAUUACAAGAACUUUCGAUCUGUAUUGUUUAUAUAUAGUUUGAAGCAACUGGAAUGCUCCUCCAAAGUAUACUCCAUAAACAACGUUUCUACUUAUUCUAGUCAUACUUAUGUUGUCAUAGUCCUUGCUUGUUAGGGUUAUAGAAACCGAAUACUUCAAUCUUUAACAGGUUUUUGUUGGAUAAGAUGAACAAGAUGGAAAACGUGGUUUUAGAGGAUGACAGGACUUCAAUCAUUGGUCUGCGUCAAGGACUUCAAUCAUUGGUCUGCGUCAAGGACUCCAAAGAUAACUAAGGCCCCAACAUCUUGAAUGUGACUUGUGGUGUGUGCGUGCGCAAAACUUCAUAUUGAUGGACUUGAAAAUUCAUGGAAGGAAAAGCAAUAAAUUAGACCAUAUCAAAAACCAACUAUGAGCAACAAAAACGAAAAUACCAGAUUCUUAGCCCGGCCAGCCUACUCAAUGAUGAGAAGUCUUUACAUUUUGACAGCUUUCAAUGCGUGACAAACAAUCUUAUAUGUAGCUGAAAGCGGAGUGCGUGGGGGCAUUGCCAACAACCAAGAAGAGGCCUCUAUUGCCCAUGUCUCGCUUGUCGUCGUAAUACAAGUCCUCGGUACAACAGAACAGAGCGUGUAGGAUGACAAUUGUGGUUAUGAUCAAUAGCGAAACCAGCAUGCUCAGCCACACAUUGGUGAGCAUUGGAGCGACGAUGGUGAUGAGCUGAUAAAGGCAAAAAAUGAUGCGGUCCUCGAUGUUGCAAUUGAGGACGAUGAAUGGCGCGUUACGGAGGUAGUGGAAGAACCAGGUGACAAAGAUGAGGAGUAAGAUGAUCAUGGAGAUUGGGUGCUAGAGGAGGCUGAGGAAGAGGACGAGGAGGACAAUGAGUACAUGGUUCAUGUGGAAGUGGCUCAAGUUGCGUUUGAUGCAGAGGCCGGCUUUGCCCAGCGUGUAGGGGAUUGUGAAGGAGAAAAACAGCUAAGAGUUUCAAAUGAGAUCUAUUAAAUUAAAUAUAAUAUUUAAUUUAUUAGAUCUCAUUUAAUGAUAAAUAUUGAGUUAUUCCACUAUUAUGGUCAUGUAGUGAAAUAAUUUAUUUUCUACAUGGCGCUACUAUUUUUCUUUUCUCACAAAUGACAUAAAUUGAAAUAUCGUUAUAUGCAUAAACUUAAUGACAAUACACAUUUAAACUA